AUAGUUUGUUGUUUAAGGUCAUUUUCUAUUAUUUUAAAGUAUAAUCAUCCCAUAUAUUACGGAAUAGCGUUGGUUUUUGUAGUUGUGAAUGUGAGUGUGUUUUUAGCUUAUUAUAGGGGGUUAUACGGAUUCAUGUUGUUUAUAAGCGUGGCUAGAGGGGUAUUAGUCGUAUUUGCUUAUAGAAUUGCAUUAAUUCCACUUCUUUUAAAAAAGAAAGAAGCAUUAGAGUUGUUUUCAGAGAGAGUAAUAAAAAGAAAAACGUCUUUUAUUUUUAAAGUUUGAAUGUUUAUAAUUAGGAUUACAUUGAUGGUGGGCAUUUUUGUUAUAGUUAUAGUAGUGAAUCCAGAUACUGGGGGAGGUUCUUUUAGGGGGAUUUUGUAUAUAAGUGAAGGAUGAGGUUUAGGAAUGGUUAUUAUAGGGCUUUUUAUAUUCUUGGUAAUAGUUUUUUGUGUUAGUGUUGCGGGUAAGUAUAAAGGGGCUUUGAUUAAGUAA